AUGGCAGAUGCAUCGGAAGCGCCCAAGAAGUCGAAGAAAGAGCGAAAGGCUGAACGAAGAGCAAAGGAAACGGCUGCCAAUGGCACAAAGAAGGAGGACGAUGCCGUAGAACCAGUUGUUGAAACCAAUAGCGAUGGCGUAAAGAAGGAGAAGCCUGAGACUGCAGAGGAUAAGAAAUCCAAGAAGAACAACAGGAACAGAGAGAAGAAGCGAAAGGGCGUUGUUACGAAUGGAGAUGCUGCUGCUACUGGAGAAGAGAAAGAUAAGAAGCCUGCGAGGUUUAUUGUUUUUGUUGGGAACCUCCCAUUUACAGCAACUACAGAGUCAAUAACAUCUCACUUCGCCUCUGUACAUCCCCAGUCUGUUAGACACUUGACCAAGAAGGAAGAUCCUACCAAGUCUAAGGGCUGUGCAUUUGUCGAGUUCGCUGGGUAUGAUCACAUGAAGACAUGUUUGAAGCUCAUGCAUCACUCUACAUUCGACGAUGGAAAGAGCGCACCCAGAAAGAUUAAUGUCGAGUUAACUGCUGGUGGAGGAGGCAACACCAAAGAACGGAAGACGAAGAUUGAAGCGAAGAACGCCAAAUUGAAUGAAGAGCGAAUUCGUAAGAUCCAUGAAGAGGAGAAAGCCAAGCUUGUCAAAGCGGCUGAAGGUGGAAAGAAUGGAGCUGCAGCUAUCGACGAGAGUGCUAUUCAUCCUAGCAGGAGAGGAAGAGUACCGACCAUGAAUUGA